AUGAAUUUUCUGUCGUUGCUGUUUUUGACCAUUCUUGCUUUGGGGGUAGCUACUACUAUACCUUCAACUAGCAUCUCUGAAAAAUCGACGAGCGACAUAGUGCAAAAAAUAAUUGCCGAUAAUCAAGCGCAACCGAAUUCUCAGGAUGAAAUUGGCGAAAAAAAAGUGACGAAAAGAAGUUACGGUUGGAGUCCGUGGAAUUAUUAUAAUUAUGGUUGGCCCUGGUAUGCCAUAGGAUGGUAUCCAGGUUGGCCAUAUUAUGGUCAUGGAUUUGGUUAUGGUGGAUAUGGGCAUGGAUAUGGUGGAUAUGGUGGAUAUGGUGGAUAUGGUGGAUAUAUUGGAUAUCGUGGAUACGGCGGAUGGUACAAAGGAUGGUAA